AUGAAGCUUCAAAUGUUGAUGUUUAUUAAUAUAUCUGCUGGUUACGAAGAUGAAAUGGAAGCAAUUAUUUCCUUCAGUUAUCUCCUCGAAACGUUCAUCUAUCUGUUGACCUUUUUAAGCAUUCCAUUCAGUCAUUAUGUUUCUUCAGCAGCUCGUAUCUUUCAUUCAAAUACACUAAUGAUUAUUCACACGGGAUUCUAUCAUUUUUACCUCUAUGGAAUUUCUCGUUUUGUGAUGAUUGCCUAUGAGAUACAGCCUGGUGCUUGUGAAAUCUAUCAAGAAAGCACCGAAACAUGUUCGCUUGUGCUACAAGUUGCCUCAUUUACGCGGGCUUAUAUGAUAACGCUUGUUAACGCCGGUCUUGCAGGAGUGAUGAUUGAGCGUAUUGUGGCUACUGUUUACUUUGCCACAUAUGAACAUCAUUUCUAUCAGCCAUACUUCAUUGGAUUGAUCCUUUUUGGAAUCUUUGUUUCAAUCGCGUUAGCGGGCUUUUUCACGUUUGCUAAAGUUUCUUUGCGUUCUUCAAAACUUCCCUUAGAUUUCUCUUUCUACCGUCGCGGUAUCUCGAACAAUAUUGAAAUCUGCGUCUCUCUUGUCACAGGACUUAUUGGUUUGUUGAUGACAUGGACAAACGAGAGACGAAAACGGAAACUUCACUCAAUGGGCUACACAUUAAGCAAAAAGUAUCAACUGAUAGUCAAUGUGAAAUCGAUGAAAAUUCUCUUACUCUACAUCUUGCACACUGCCAUAAACAACAUCAUUUACUCGCUUCUAUAUUUUUGUCAUUUCACCACAACAUCGCAAUUCUUCAAAUUCACGGUAAUGAUGCUAUUCUGUGAUCGUCAGUUGUACGAGUUCGCAAAGAGGAUCUUCCUAGGGAAAAUGAGAAGAAUAAGGCGUAUCAAUGUCGAACCGAAUAGACCGAAAGAGAUUGUGGACAUUCGAGUCAAAGAUGUUAACGGAAAGGAUAUGUACACCGGGGCAAAUCAAGACGAUUACUUCACUCAAUUGAAAGCUCAAUGGGAGAGAAUUCCA